AUGCCAACCAACAACAACACGUCGUCGCCUGUCAAGCGCCCCGGUCUGGGCCGCCGCGCCGUCUCCUCACAUGCCGUCGUCACGCGCUCCUCUUCGCAGGCCGCUGACUUGGACCCUAAUACAACCCACCAGAAACAACUCCCCCUGCGACUAUAUCGUCCUCACGUCGUCGGGGGCCAUCGUAACCAUCAUCGAAAUACCUCCCACGGCAAGAACUUUGCCAAGUUUCAGCGUCAUAGCUCGACCCUCCAUUUGCCCGAUACCGCCGGUCGCCAUCACCAGCGCAAGAAGUCCGCCCCCGCCACGCCUGCCGCCAGUCCCCGCGGGCAGCAUCACGUCCACUGGGAUGGGGCCGUAGAUAGUCACCCUACGACGGCCUCGAUGAAAAAGAACUACUCCAGCCCCGCUCUUCGUCGGAAUCACUCCGGCGUGGUCGGAAAGAAGGCCUUGGUGACCGUUCGCCCCAACUCCAGCGCUGGGAAGAAGAAGACUGUGGGCUUCGAGCUGGCGGACUCGGACAACGACGACGGCGACUGGGAGGACACCACCCAGUCGCCAGAGAGCACCCGGCGGAGUUCGGUCGCACAGUCCAAGGAGAGCGAGGAGAACACUGCGGUAUUAGUCGACCCUCUUACCUUUGUCAAACGUCCCUAUCCACAAUUUCCCCGAGCCACCAGCCUCCCAGAAUCGACCAGUAAAAGCUUUGGGGAAGGCCCCUUGCCGGACGACGACGACGACGGCGGCGACGACGGCGACGACGACGACGCCGAAGAUCAAGAUAAACGACGUCCAUCCACGGGUUCUGAAGAGUCGGAAGACGCAGCCGGCCGCGCUCCCGACCAAGGCGAUAUUGCGAACCGCUUGUUGACCCCAUCUCAUUCUGCCAAAGCACCCCCUGCCAUGUCUUCCAUCUCCGCGACGGCAGAGCCGGCGGCGGUGGACUCCUUAUCCCGUCCAACUUCCCUCACCAAUCUAGCCUCCGAUGGUCUGCGGCGCCCUGUGUCGUCCUCGAAUACCGCUGCGAUGGCGAAUACGCCAGGUACGCCAGCGCAAGCGACCUCGUCUUCUAUUGAAGGGGGCGUUUCUCGGUUCAUCAAAGCUGGCGUUUACCCGUCGUCGCGCACCGAUUCGGAUCCCAAUACACCAUCGUCGUUCUUGCCGCAUUACCACCCACAAACGCCUCCCUCCCCCAAUCGUGCUUCGGGUUCAAAGAAAACGAGAACCUCCCCCCCUAUACGCCCGCCAGGAACCGAGCCGCCGUCGCGCACCCAGCAGAAACUCUGGCUGCAGCGCACCGCGACACUGAACACUUCACCACCGGACUCUCAUGGGGUACCGACUAGUGUUUCCCCAUCAACAAUGGACCCGAACUUCUUGGGUACACGUUCGGGCGCCAGUCCGUUUGAUGCCAACCGAGCCCUAGUGAAUGGAUCGGCCAGAGCCGGUGGCGCGGUGCACGACAACGAAACUAAACACAUUCGCAAAGCGUACGAGAAGACGUCUUUGGAGCUGACGGUGGUUCGACGAUUCCAGUCGCCUACGGGGGAUAGCUUUCGUCGGCUGAACUUUGUCAUCAGCGGCAAUAGUACUGGGCUGGGGCAUGAGCGUCGCUCCUCCCUCGGCAAACCGAUCAAAUCGGCACCGGCACUGACCCGUUUGCAAGACGGCAAGGCACAGAAACCUGGUCAGAAAGGCCCAAGCCCAGAGCCCAAACAGCUUAUGAGCAAGAGAAAGCCGGCAAUGCGGACAUCCGUCUCCCAGACUUACCUGCAAGACCCCGAGGAGCUGGUGAAUGAUCCCACCGAAGCUGGAAAGCAACCGAGUGCCCAACAUCCCUCCUACCGCAUCCUCUCCACCUCCGACGAAGCUGUGCACACCAACACACCUGCAGCUGAAGAAGAAGAGGGUCCGUCCUAUUACACUAACGAAUCUGACAUGAUGAUCCGUCGGAUGUGGGAAGCUCGCGAAGUGCCCGAAUUAGGCUAA